GCAUACUUUACCGUUCUCACUUCAUUUCUUGUGGCUGCCAUGGACGCUCCCAUCUACGACUUGGACUGCGAGAACGGCCGAACCGAGUCCCUGAUUGAUGUGACUGAGCAGAUGGCGCCCCGAGCACGCAGGCUUCUGGAACUGGCUGGCACCAACGAGAAAUGCGGCCUCGCAACGUUCUUGAUGUUUGUUUACAUCUACCUAAACACGCCGCCAAGUUUGGUGCUCAAUGUUUACUGGGCUUAUGAUGAUGAUCUUUGGAGAUCCAAGUGGAGAAGCUUGCUGAUCUUCAGUGCUCUGAUUCUUUUGGCAGAUGUCUCCGGCUUGGCCUUGCACUGGCACGGCGGCAGGCUGAAGCGCUACAGCAAAGCCUCCGAGCUGGUCCGAAAUCCUGAGGUGUCUCUGACUGAUAUCCGCUUGAAGGAGACUCGCAACUGGCUCACCUUGGGCUUCGCCAUGUCCAUAUCGAUUGGAUUGUCCUUUGUGCUUUCAAUACACCACACCGAAGAGUUCUACUUGAAAGAUGUGAUUGGUUUCUUUUUGCUCGUUUACUUGGCCUGGCUCCCAGCAAGUUUGCCACACUUUGCUACCACCCUCCUCCUGCAAGAGGAUUUAGAACAUUUGGAGGCCGAGUUGACCAAGACAGUGGAUGCAGCCACGGAGCUGGCAGUGAUGGAGCUCUUGGAAAAGGUGUCCCACACCAAACGCCGUUGGAUGCCUUUCCUUCGCUGGCACUUUGCGCUGGAGGGCACCGGCGCAGCUGCCUGCGUCUUUGCGAUGCUGUGGUUCUCCUUGCAUACGGCCUCCUUCGCAGAGACCGACUCAAGGCUAGGUAUGAUCCUGAUUCCUGCCAUGCUGUCUGGGCCUUUACUGGCAGUGUAUGUUUUGGUGCAGGUCUUAUCGCUGGCGAGAUUUAAUGGUCACAUCCAAACAUGCAUACAGACUACAAGUAGCAAUUGCUUGUUCAGGUUGCUCUCCCAGCAGGAGAAACAGCUGGAAUUUUGUGUGCUUGGAAUCACCAUCACUCUUGGAAAGAUUCGUGCUGUAAUGACCUCAGUGGUCAUCAGUGCAUGCAGCAAGAUCGUGAUGUCUUUGGUCACUCGCUGAAGGGAGAUGGCAUGCGGCAUGAACAGCAAAGGCUCUGAGGGGUUCUCACUUCUUGUAUCGAGGAC